AGGUCACCACUUUCGCGCGCUUUUUGUGACAACAGUUCCACAUGACCUAGUGGUGGCGUCCUUUCUCGUUGCAUGCAUAUCGUAACCUUUCUUACAACAUCUGCAGCACAAUUUUGAAGCAUUUCUCCGAAUUUUUGCGACUUCUAACGUAGUGCAAACAAGUUGUGAAGAUGGCGGGAAGAUACAUUUCUCCAUACGAAGAGAAACGUUUGAAGAACAUGGAGGAAAACAGACGAAUUUUGGAGAGUCUGGGGUUGGUGGGGCCUGACUCGGUGAAACCAAAAAGGGUAGUAAAAAAGAAGGCUCCAGUGAAGAGAAAGAAGGCCAUUCGAGUGCACACUCCAGCCAAGAAGGUCAUAUUAGCUGAGGAGGAACAGGUGGAUACAGAACAGGACGUCUUCACACCCACAAGGAGGUCAGCUAGGCUCCGUGGAAAGGCUGCCCCCUCAUUACAGGAGCUAAGAACUGAGGUAGAUGAAGAGUUAGAAGCAGAGAAGGACACUGGCUACAAACCAGUGCCUAAAGACAGACCCAAUGUUUUUGGGGAAAUCCCAGAUUUUCCAGUUGGCACUUGGUUUGAGACAAGGAUGGAGGCAUGCCGAGCUGGGGUUCACAGACCCACAGUUGCUGGUAUCCAUGGUAAUGACUACGAGGGAUGUUACUCCUUGGUGUUGUCGGGAGGUUACGAAGACGACCUGGACUACGGGGAGUGCUUCACCUACACCGGUGAAGGUGGACGUGAUCUGAAGGGAACAAAGGCCAACCCCAAGAACCUUCGCACUGCUCCACAGUCUAAAGACCAGACUCUGACUAGAGGAAACUUGGCGUUAAGUGUCAGCGUGGAAACCCGUCAGCCAGUUCGGGUGAUGAGAGGCUACAAGCUGGACAGCGCAUUUGCCCCAGAGGAAGGGUACAGAUAUGAUGGUCUGUACUCAGUAGAUAAGUUCUGGUUCACGACUGGGUUGUCAGGAUUUGGGGUGUACAAGUUUGUGCUGAGUAGGUGUCCGGACCAAGCCCCCCCACCAUGGACCCUACCUACACAUGGAGAGAGCUCGGGUUCUGAUUCAGACACAAACAAGGCAGACAGUGACUCAGGCAUCUCCAUGGCAACAGGAACAGAGACAGACGCUGACUGAAGGAUGCUGAAUACAGGAGCCAGAGCUGUAGAUGAAUGUCAAUUAUUUUCACCCUGUUUGUAAAAUUGUAUGGGAAAGACCAUGUGGGCUGUUGGGCUUAGGUGCAGUAAAGAAAAAAAUGAAAUAGUAGCAUAGAACUCGCAAUAAUGUUGAAAUGAAGUUUGAAAUUAACAAUUCCAACACUAGGACAACCUCUGUUAGGUAUAAAUGAAAGCAUAGACUUUUAAGUAAUUUUCAAAAAGUAGACAAGUUGUAACUCUAAUUGUGUAUAACUUAACGUACUUGGCCAGUAGUUAGGUGCAAUUGCUUCCAAGUUUUGAAAUGCACUGCCAUGUUCUCAGUUCUCAGGUAAGGUGAUGGGAAAAUGCCUAUAAUGUAAAAUAGUUAAUCGGCAUCUUUAAUUGGGUUUAGAUACUAGAUCAAAGUUGAACUGUAAUUUCCAAUACAAUGACAUCUAACAACAGAGAUGAACUUUUGAGUUAGAAUUUCAAUACCAUGGUUUUUAGAGAUAUGUUGUGAAAUUGUGAUGUUGUCAAAUGUUAGUCUUGUCUGAAGUUUUUCAAUGGACAAGAUCGUUUUUAAGAUUCAAGUUGUCGGUUUCAGAUCUUUAGUAAAAUGUAAUUACGUAUUUUUGACAAAUAAAAUAUGUUGAAUUCA